GGACCCCGGUGAUGACGAAUUCAAGGGCCUCGGACGGUUUCGCUAGCCAAACAGGAAAACAUUAGCAGCUUUUGUUCUAGGGUGGACAAAGUGUAGAAAAAAUGCCAAAAGUUAAGAGAAGUCGUAAGCCACCCCCAGACGGGUGGGAACUCAUUGAACCUACUUUGGAUGAGCUUGAUCAGAAAAUGAGGGAAGCCGAAACGGAACCUCACGAGGGAAAGAGGAAAGUAGAAGCUCUUUGGCCUAUUUUCAGACUGCAUCAUCAGCGCAGUCGAUACAUCUACGACCUCUUCUUCAAAAGAAAAGCCAUCAGCAGAGAGCUGUAUGAGUACUGCAUAAAGGAAGGCUACGCUGACAAGAACCUGAUUGCCAAGUGGAAAAAGCAAGGCUAUGAGAACCUGUGCUGCCUCCGUUGCAUCCAAACGCGAGACACCAACUUUGGGACUAACUGUAUUUGCAGAGUUCCAAAGAGCAAGCUCGAAGUUGGAAGGAUCAUUGAAUGCACCCACUGUGGAUGCAGAGGAUGUUCUGGUUAAGUAUAGGACA